AGGAAAUUCCACAAGGAGAGCUUGUAAAACACGUCGUCACUGGUCUCCUUUUCCCCCUGCUCCUCUUCAUCCAGGCCUGCCGGCUGCCGCUGCCUCCUCGCAUCGCCCUCGCAGCAACGCCUCAUCCUGCCAAUGGACCUCGACUCCUCCGACGGCGAAGCGUGGCUGCUCGACGCCUUGGCCACGCCGCCCCUCUUCUCCGCCGCGGCCCCGCUGCCGUGGCUCUGCGGAGACCAGCAUUAUUCCUCCCUGCCAAUGGAUGCAGUCUCCGACCUGGAUGAAACCCCGGGCACGCGCUCCGGGGAAUCUGAAACAGCGGCUAAGAAAGUCGAGAACAUGAAUGGUAAAAUGCAGGUUCCUGUUUCCUUGGAUGAUGAUUAUUCCGAUUGUUCUCAUUUCAUGAAGGAAAGGCUUGCACUAGCUCUCAGUUACUUCAAGGAGUCCACCGAUCAGCAUCUGUUAGUUCAGGUUUGGAUUCCCACUAAGAACGGAGAUCGGUACGUGUUGACUACUUCAGGACAUCCCUUUUUGCUUGCCCAAGAGAGCAUCAAACUUGUUCAGUACAGAGCUGUGUCCAUGACGUAUGCCUUCUCCGUAGAUGGGGAGAAUGUCCAUGAUUUGGGGCUUCCAGGACGGGUAUACAAGCAGCGAGUACCUGAGUGGACACCCAGUGUGCAGUACUAUAGCAGUUUCGAGUAUCCGCGGCUUAACCAUGCGAUAAAUCACAACGUUCAUGGUACUGUUGCCUUGCCUGUAUUCGAUCCUUCUAUGAAGUCAUGCAUUGGUGUUGUUGAGCUUAUAAUGACAUCCAAGAAAGUCAACUAUGCAAGUGAGGUUGAUAAAGUCUGCAAAGCUCUUGAGGCAGUGAAUCUUAAAAGCACCAAAAUUGUGGAACAUCCAUGUGUCCAGAUAUGUAAUGAAAGCCGUCAAGUUGCUCUAGUAGAGAUACUGGAAAUCUUAACUGUUGUUUGUGAAGAGUUCAAACUGCCCUUGGGUCAAACUUGGGUACCUUGCAAAUAUCAAAGUUUAUUGGCACAUGGUGGUGUGAAGAGGAGUUGCUUGAGCUUUGGUGGAAGUUGUAUGGAGGAAGUAUGCAUUUCAACGAGUGAUGUUGCCUUUCACAUUAUUGAUGCUCGUAUGUGGGGCUUCAGAGAUGCCUGUGUAGCGCACCACCUACAGAAGGGGCAAGGAGUUUCUGGAAAGGCAUUCAUCUCAGGCAGGCCAUGUUUUUCAAAAGAUGUCAGUAGAUUCUCCAAAAUGGAGUAUCCUCUUGUACACUAUGCCCGCAUGUUUGCAUUAGCUGGCUGUUUUUCAAUAUAUUUGCAGAGCGCUUAUACCGGAGAUGAUUACAUACUAGAGUUUUUCCUACCACCUGAUUGCAGAGAAGACGAUGAACAAAAGGCUCUCUUGCAGUCCAUCAUAGUUCUAUUAAGACAGCAUCUUCGCACUUUACAGGUAGCCGGGGAUAAAGGCUUGAAUGAAGCUUGUCUGCAAGUUGAUGCCGUAACUGUAAUGCAUAAUGAAGAAACUGGAAAUACAUAUGUGCAAGACUUGAACGUUGGAGGUGGAAUUCAUACAUUACUUGAGAGUGAUAUGCAUGGAGGUAUCCAUGAGUCUGAUAACAGGAAUCACAAAGCUUCAACGAUGUCCAAAAACCAUUUGUUAUCUCAUGAUUAUUCCGGUGACAAACCUGUGGCAAUACCAAGUGGCAGUGGUACCUCAGAUUCUUCAUUGUUGUACAAAAACAAGAAAAAUCCCGUGAGGAGAAGAGGAAAAGCAGAAAAGACAAUCAGUUUAGAAGUUAUCCAACAAUAUUUUUCUGGAAGCUUAAAAAGCGCAGCAAAAAGUCUUGGUGUAUGCCCUACAACGAUGAAGCGCAUCUGCAGGAAACAUGGGAUUCCUCACUGGCCAUCACGAGAAAUCAGCAAGGUUAACAAGUCGAUUUCAAAAUUAAAGGAGGUAAUCGAGUCCGCCCAAGCGUCAGAGAGUGCAUUUGGUUUCACAUCUGUCACAGCUCCUCCCUUUGGUCCUGCAAGCUCAUCGUAUCUUCUCGAUAUAGAUAAAUCAAGGCAAGAGAAAACUGCUGAGGUUUACAUUCCUUUUGGUAAUGAACACAAAGCUUCAUCCUCGCAGAAGUCACUACAAAAUUGUAGCCCAAGCAUACUCAUUUCCCCACAAACCCUUUUAGCCAAUAGUGUUAUCCAGAUUGAAGGAGAUAAAGUAACUAACUUGAGAAGCUCAUCUGGUCAACAUAGCACAAAUUCACAGACUUCAGAAGGUUCUUACCCAGGAAGUCAAGGAAAUGGGGCAUUUGUUCGUGAGUCCAUUGCUUCAACGUUCCUCGAGCCACAACAAAACUUGUACAACUCACAAGGCUUCGCCAAAGAUUCUGUCAGACCAACUGUACUGUCUCCAGGUAGAAUGAUGUCGCCACAGAAUUCCGGGAUUGUAACAGUGAAGGCACAUUACAAGGAAGAUAUUCUGAGGUUUCGCUUCCCGUGUUCUGGAAGUCUUAGAACCUUGAAAGAUGAGGUGGCCAAAAGGAUACAGAUUGAUGUUAUCGGUUCUUUCUACAUCAAGUACCUGGAUGAUGAUCACGAAUGGGUUAAUCUGACAUGCCAGGCAGACUUAGAAGAGUGCAUGGAAAUCUACUUGCUAUCUGGUUUGAAUGUUCUGAGGCUGUUGGUCACCGACAAUGCCGUAAUCCUCGGGAGUUCACAUGGGAGCUCUGCCUGAUUGUAGGUUUAGAUAGUACAUAUUCUUCUAAGGUUCCCCCCGCACUGGUACAUUUAGUUUUUUUUUACAGGAAACAAUGGUGUAUUUAGCUGCUUCGUUUUCUGUAAAUAUUCUUCUUUUCAUAUCGUAGACAUUUCUCCAAUGGUCCGCAACACCGGGAAACCAAAUUGUUUGUCACUGUUUGUAAAUAUCAACCAUUUUAUGCUGGAAAUGUAACGUUGCAAACAUAAAUGGAAGCAACAGUCUCGUUCUUUGGAA